GUCCAUCCUUUUUUGCUUCGACCAAGGCGGCGCGAAGAUGGAUGCGUUGACGAAAGCGUUAGUGUACGAUUAUCUGAGUUCAGUUGACAAAUCCUUGGCUUCGAAGUACAGAAGAAAUAAGUCGAAGGCGGCAGAGGAAUCGUCCAGCGACUCCGAAGAAGAAGAACCGGAAACCAAGCCCCGCCGCGAAAUCGCCGGCCGGACGCCCUCGAAAGUUCUUCCCGCGAAAAAACAAGAUUCAAGCAGUAGUUCUGAUUCAGAAGAAGACGACCCAAAAAACAAAGCGGCGUUGAAGAAACCAGCACCGAACAGGGCGAAGCAGCCACUGAGGAUCGCCCUCAAGGUAAACCAGGACGCUGACAGCUCCGAUUUCGCCGUCUGCCGUGAAGGCAAAGGUAUCGCCACAGAAGAAGGCAGCUGUGCCGCCUCAAAAAAAAAGGCAGAGUCAUCAAGUUCCGAAAGCGAUUCUGACGAUGAGCCACAGGCCAAGGCACCAGCGAAGCAGACGCCAGCUAAGAAAACGCCAGCAAAGCAGAAACCCGUUAGGAGCUUCAAAGACGCCAGCUAAGGCUCCCACAGAAAAAGGAAUCCUUCUUCCGACAGCAGUAGUGAAGAGGACGAAAAGCCUCCGGCAAAAAAGCCCGUCGGCGCUCAAACUCCGGCAAAGACUCCGCGAAGAAGCUGCCGAGUCGUCCUCUCAGAGAGCAGCAGUGAGGACGAGAAACCGACUGGGAAAGUAGCAGCCGCAACUACCAAAGCCAGCGCCGAAGAAAGCGCCACAGAAAGAUGAAUCUCGUCUGAUAGUAGCGAAGACGAGACGCCAGCGGCUGCGACGCCGAAGCCAAAGCCGGGGACGAAGCCAGCAGCAAAAAAAGCGAAUCGGCUUCCGACAGCAGCUUCCGAGGAAGAAAAGCCGCCCACAAAGAAACAGAAGCAGUCUACCCCCGCACCUCCAAAGAAGGAGUCCUCGUCCAACGACAGCAGCAGCGACGAAGACGAGCGGCCAAGAAAGCCAGUAGCCAAGCCGGCAGCCACGAAGCAGACGCCCAAGAAGGCGGACUCUUCGUCCGACAGCAGCGAGGAGGAGGAGGAGGAAAAGAAGCCGGUGGCCAAGCCAAGCCCUGCACCGGCUCAGAAGAAGCAAAAGAAGAAGAAGAAAAAAGAUAGAGGCGACACGAAUGCCGAGGGAGAAAUGAACGGUGGCGGAGUCCAGAAGAAGCGGGCGAGUUCGCCGUUCCGGAGGGUGAAGUCCGAGAGCGUGAAGCUGGACCCGAAGUUGCAGGACAACUCCUUCGAGGCAAAGGCCGGAGCGAGGGGCUCCUGCGAGAAGGCCCACAGCGUCCUGAAGAACGUCAAGGGCCGAGACUUCAGGCACGAAAAGACGAAAAAGAAGCGCGGGACAUACAGCGGCGGCGCCAUCGACACUUCCGUAAACUCGAUCAAGUUUGAGGAUUGAUUGAUUGAUGAUUGUGUUGUUGUACAGAGCUGAAUGCAAUAUCGGAACACUGUUUCACCUUAUUCCACGUCGAUUUUCAUCAUUACACAUGCUGUUGUCGCAUACUCCGGUUCGUUCUAAUAAAAUAGUGUCCGAGA